AUGUCCUCCCACACCCACACCCACAGCACCCACCUCAACCCCGAAGCAACCCCCUUCCUCCCCGCCAUCACCUCCCUCCCCACCCUCCCCGACGCCGCCCUCAUCUCCACCCUCGACCUCCUCUUCGAACCCUCUCCCGACCUACACGCCCUCGCGCUUCCCACCCUGCGCACCAUCUCCUUUUCCUCCUACGACGACCUCAUCUCCACCCUCCGCGACGAACUGCUCGCCAUCGCUGACGCCGUCGCCCUCGCCGCCGCUGAUCCCUCCGUCCCGCAGAUAGAAAAGGAAAAUAUCCAGCGGCCGUUGCAUGCGAUAUUGGGAAGUCAUCCGAGACUGGGCGAGGCGAAGAAGGAAAAGCUGUCGGCGCAGAGUCGAAAGGAGCAGGCGCAUUUGAAUUCCGGGGGGGAUAGUGAGGAGGUGAAGGAGGAGCUGAGGAGGUUGAAUAAGAUGUAUGAGGAGACGUUUCCGGGGUUGAGGUAUGUGGUGUGGGUUAAUGGACGGGGGAGGGGGGAGGUGAUGGCGGAUAUGAGGAGGAGGAUUGCGAGGGGGGAUUUGAGGGCGGAGGAGAGGGAGGGGAUUCAGGCAAUGUGCGACAUUGCGGCCGAUCGAGCGGCCAAACUCCUCAAGUCCGCACAGGAGGCCGUCGAACAUAGCGCUUAG